GUCCAGACCACGCCUGUGCGGUCUGGUCUGGUCCAGAUAGACCACAAUCAACGAAAAAUGAAUAAUUUGUUUAGUCAACCACACAAAAAAUUGAACCAAUAACCAGGAAAAAUAAUUGUUAUUUGCCUUAAAUCAUUAAUCCUAACAUGCAUGAAUAAUUUUGAUACUCUAAAUCUUAGUACAUACCAAAGCUACAAAGUAAAAGCAUCCCAACUUGCACCAUAACGUCAUAAACAUUAACAUAAUGUCAUAUGGAGAUACGAUUAUCUUUACUCUCUAGUUAAACGUGGUUGUGAAUUAAGGAGGGACGAGAUUCACAAAACUAAGGUUGAGACUUGAGUGUCGUUGUGGGAGUAGGGAGAGUGGUCGAAUGGGCUGUUAACAUGUAUUUACAAGUCAGUUGGGUCCACGGUUUGGUCCGGUAAACCGCGGUCUAGACCAGACCAGACCAAGAGAUCAAAACAUAAAAUAGUACAGACCAUGGACCAGACCAGACCAUACUUAACGGCCUACGGUUCAGACCAAACUAUGCGGUACAGUUUGGACCACGGUGUUUCUAACUGUCUGGUCUAUUUUCCCAGCCCUAGUUCCCCCGUUCUAAUAUAUGUUGCUAUAUGUUACUUUGGAAAAGGAGGACAAAGGAUUGGUUACCGAUAUAUUUUACGUUAAAAGAUAAAUGGAAUUUUCUCGUUUAUGAUUAUUGUCCUUGUGGCAACAUUAUAUUUAUCAGUACGUAACUACGUAUUGUCUUUGUGUACAUGUCAUAAACAUGACAAAUAAAUAGAAAAUGAUAGUAUGCUACUUUUGGGCUCUCACAUAUACUCACAUUACAUAAAAUGGACACACACAGUAAAUAACUAGAAUGAAGAAAAUAAUUAAAAACAAUUCAUGAAAUGCCAAAUAUAAAAUACGUUGAGAAAAGUAAUAAUCAUUUCUUGAAAAAGCAUGACCAAAGGUAAGAUGACAGAUAACCUAGUUGGUGGGGGCGGGGUUCGGCUUGUGAUGACGGGGUCAUGAGUUUGAAUCAUCGUUUCGCCUUCUAGGCGUUCCCAAAGGUAGACAUGACCAGCUUCAGCCGUGCAACUGGGUUGCCUGUCCCGACUAUGACAUCACUUAAGUGGUGAUCGGGAAGGGUGUUUCACGUUUAAAAAAAAAUACAUACGCACGUUUAUAAUCGACCGAGUUCGGGUUGGAUAGUACGAAAAUCAUGCUCAUCCAUUACUCGUAAUAUUUGAGUUCGGGUUUUAACCCUAUUCACUAAAAAUCUUUCGAAUUAGCGUUUUACGAUAUCAAAUCAAGUCGAAUUCAGACCAACAUUCUUGAUUGCGGAUAUGUUUGCUAUCCUACUAAACUCUCACUAUAAAAUAACCAAUUCUUUCCAUAGGAAUAAAAGAUAAAUUAGAAAAAUAGGGAAAAAGAGAUUUAUAGUUUUGUACGGGUAAAAAUUGUCUAAAUCGGUGCCAAAAUGAAAAUGCGACCUUCAAUAAAAAAUAAAAAUAAAAAGCGACCUUCCGCAGCAUUGGCGGAACACCAGUUUUCUUUAUAAUACUCUUCUUUAUACAGUUUCCCUCUUCCCAGCCAACUAUUCCUUCCCCUUCUUCGAUCCCCUCUCUUCUCCAACUUCUCCCCCGCCCUCCGAUAUGGCGCUCUCUCACCUAUCCUCCACCAGAUCCAAUCGCUUCCUCCGCCCCCUCGCCGCCGCCGCCGCCGCCGCCGCCGCAUCCUCCCUCUGCCGCCCAAUCUCCACCUCCACCGAGCCCCUCGUAAUCGAGACAUCCAUCCCCUUCACCCCGCACAAGUGCGAGCCGCCUUCCCGCUCCGUCGAGACCAACCCCCAGGAGCUCCUCACCUUCUUCCGCGACAUGGCCACCAUGCGCCGGAUGGAGAUCGCCGCCGACUCGCUCUACAAGGCCAAGCUCAUCCGAGGGUUCUGCCACUUGUACGAUGGCCAGGAAGCCGUCUGCGUCGGCAUGGAGGCGUCCAUCAAUAAAAAGGACUGCAUCAUCACCGCCUACAGGGAUCACUGCACUUUCUUGGGCCGCGGAGGGACUCUCCUCGAAAUAUUUUCCGAGCUCAUGGGUCGACAGGGUGGGUGCUCCAAGGGUAAAGGCGGCUCGAUGCAUUUUUACAAGAAGGAAUCUGGAUUCUAUGGUGGACACGGGAUUGUGGGAGCUCAGGUUCCCUUGGGUUGCGGCUUGGCCUUUGCGCAGAAGUAUAACAAGGACGAGAAUGUGACGUUUGCUUUGUAUGGUGAUGGUGCUGCCAAUCAGGGCCAAUUGUUUGAGGCUCUUAACAUAUCUGCUCUUUGGGACCUGCCAAUUAUCUUGGUGUGCGAGAAUAACCAUUAUGGCAUGGGCACUGCUGAGUGGAGGGCAGCUAAGAGCCCUUCUUACUACAAGCGUGGUGAUUACGUUCCUGGAUUGAAGGUGGAUGGCAUGGAUGUACUUGCUGUUAAACAAGCAUGCAAAUUUGCAAAGGAGCACGUGUUAAAGAAUGGACCCAUUAUUCUUGAGAUGGACACAUAUAGGUAUCACGGUCACUCCAUGUCUGACCCUGGUAGCACCUACCGUACCCGUGAUGAAAUCUCUGGCGUGAGACAGGAGCGUGAUCCAAUUGAAAGAGUUAGGAAGUUGGUACUGGGCCAUGACCUAGCCACUGAGAAAGAAUUAAAGGACAUUGAGAAGGAAAUUAGGAAAGAAGUAGAUGAAGCCAUUGCCAAAGCCAAGGAGAGCCCGAUGCCAGAGCCAUCUGAACUCUUCACAAACGUAUAUGUCAAGGGUUUUGGAACAGAGUCGUUCGGAGCUGAUAGGAAAGAACUAAGAGCAACUCUUCCAUAAGAACAGGUUGCGGAAUCGUGGAUCACAAAUAAUGAAGCACAUGUCUUCUCCCACGGAAUUUUUUUCGUUGUUCUUAUGAAAUGGGUUGGUUACUGUAUAUGAUCACUCCGUGGAUCCUCCCCUCUUCGUUCCGGGAGUUGCUGGUCCUUUUUAGUUUUUGUGUAAUUUUUCCAUUUUGAGGGGAGCUUCCACUCCAUUACCUUUGGUUAUGCGAUUUGCAAACACAGAGAAUGUAAGCAUCCCUUGUCUGACGAUUACAAAGGCAAAAUCUCGGUGAUUCUUCGAGGCAGUAUUAGGUGCUUAGUUUUUUGCUUUUUAUCGAUUGAAACUCUCCUGCAGCAUCUUUGCGGUUAUGUCAUCGUUGAAGUCAUACUGAACUUGUCUGUGAAAGGGUAUCUUGUGGUAUGCUUGUGAUUUAAUCGUUGUAUCGGUAAAAUACAUUUUUGAAAUAAUUUUUAUAAAAAAUCAUACUGCCAAGAUCAGGGUACUUUUUCGUAGUACUACCAAGAUAAUAUCACUGAUGUUAGAUAUCCAGUCAGCAAGAUAAUCGUCCAAAUACGUGUUUAGGAAAAAGUACUAACUACAAAACAACCAAACAAUGUUCACAAAUCACAAGUUCACAAGUUUCAAACUCAAACCAGAAAAAUCACAAGUUUCAAACUCAAACCAGAAACUACUACUUGGAUUUAAACUUGUAAUAAAAUCUAUAUCUUUAAACAACAUUAAAUGUAGAAAGGCUACUUUCUCGAACUCGUCCCUUUCAAGUUUCAUCUUCUUCAUCGCCUACUAUAGAACACUAGAAACACACGUAAGAAUCAUUAUAAAUAAUUAGUAUUAGGUAACAUAUCAAACAUAAUUGAUUCACACACAGACCUUCAUCUUCUAAUGCACGAUCUAGCUCAUCAACAUUCAAUUCUUUAUCCGUAGAAGAUGGAUCUUCUUCCUUUACUGAUAACAAAUCGCUAGUAAUAGUAGAAUCAAUGCUUUCAAGACUUAUGGACUCAUAUGAUUCUUUGUUCUUCUUGGUAUAAGACUCCCUAAUCAAAGUAGAAAGACAUAAAAUGAUUCAGUUCAAUAGUAAGCAUAAAAAGUAUAAUUCAACUCACAAGUUAUAUCAUUCAAAUCAUACCUAUUUUGCAAUCGCAAGUUGUAAUUCAUAAAUGCCAAGUCACUAAACAUUUUGUGCUGCAAUUUGUUUCUUCUUUUGAUGUGCACACGUUCACAAACACUACGAUUACGUUCACAACCAAAAGAAGAAGUAGUUUUGCUAAGAAUUCGAACAGCCAACUUCUGAAGAUGGAUUAUCAAUACCAAACCAUUUCCGCCACUUAUCUACAUAAUAAGCAUACAUGUUGGUUUGUUAAAUUUUCUAAUAAAUAGAAUCACUUCAAUGCACACAAUAUCAAUUACCGUGUUAUUGUUUUGGUGCAUAAUCUAUUGCUAGCUUCCUCCCCAAGUUCCCUGAAUGUUCAGCAUACAACAUUGCAUGUUGACUAUCUGAAUCCACAAUGCGAAGCAACUUCACAAGUGGAGCGGUUAACUUAACGAUGAAGUCACAAUCAGAUUAACUGUUGGUCUAGUACAAUUUCCUUCGCAUCCUUUCCAACUUUGAUACCUGAGAAAUCACUAUCUCUAAAGAGCUUAUCAAUCAACAGAGCCUCCAAAUCAUACAUGUGCAAAGAAAUUCUUUGCAAACUCAAAAAUGUAGUGGCAAUUCUAGUAGCACCAGGUCUCUGUAUUUCUUUCCAAUUCUCCUUUAUCAUCAACCAAAAAUAAAUUGGACCAUGAUUGUAAACAAAUUUAGAGAUCUUUCAAGCUCGAUAUGCAAGCCUCCUAACACGUGGCAUAUCUCCAAUGUCUUUCAAGAUCAAAUUAAGAGUAUGAGCAAAACAAGGAGUCCAACAUAUAUGACCAUAAUGCUCUUGUAUCAUUGACCAUACAACUUUAUAAAUGGAUGGAGUAUCA